AUGCAGGAACUCGGUCUCUUGCCUCAGAUCGAAGAAAAGGGCAUGAAAGUCGAGUUCACGGACCUGCGACGGUACAAGGAUGGGAGGAUCAUCACCUCGAUGCCCUGUGGGGAGUCUCUGGUGAAGGAGUAUGGAGCGCCAUGGAUCGUCAUCCAUCGGGCGGACUACCACCAGAUUCUUCUCGACAAGGCUAGAGACCUCGGAGUGGAGAUUCGUCUAGGCGCGCUUGUGGAGAAGAUCCUCGUUGAGGAGACUGCGGUCAUUGUGGGUAACGAGACCAUAACUGGCGACGUGAUCAUUGGUGCUGAUGGUUCGUUUCUCUCCAUCCUCGACUCCACGUCCCAAGCUCAUAAGACAGGCCUCUGGUCCAAGGUUCGCGAAGUCGUCCUCGAUGAACCCCAUACGCCAGAAGAAACAGGGGACCUAGCCUACCGCGCUACCUUUUCGAGAGCGAAGCUCUUAGCCCUGAAUGAUCCAGAGGUAAAGACACUCUGCGAGAAACAAGGCGUGACUGCCUGGCUGGGUCCUAAUAAACAUGCCGUCUUCUACCCCGUUCGCGGCGGACAAGAGUAUAAUCUCGUGCUGCUCCAGCCCGAUGAUCUGCCGCUGGGAGUGCGUACGACGCAGGGGGAUGUGGAUGAAAUGCGGUAUGGGUACAGAGAGUGGGAUCCGACGCUGGGGAAGAUGAUCUCCUGUAUACCGACUGUCCUGAAGUGGAAGCUUUGUCAUCUUCCUGAGUUGCCGUUGUGGACUAAGGGCUCUGUUACACUGCUUGGAGAUGCGUGUCAUCCGACUCUGCCAUAUCUGGCGCAAGGGGCCGCCAUGGCCGUGGAAGAUGGCGCAAUGCUGGGAAUGUUACUAUACCACAUAGCAUCCUCCCAAGACUACAAGUCAAAAAUCCCACAAGCAUUGAAACUCUACGAAGACAUUCGAAAGUCCCGGACUGCCCGGAACGUCCAAGGCGCCAUCCGCAACCGAGGCGCAUUUCACCUCGCCGAUGGAAUCUUACAACGACUGCGCGACUUGGUUUUGAGGUGGUCAGGCCUGACCCGAGACACAGACUGGAUUGGACUGGUGUCUUCGCGACAACGAGCUGUUUUGGGAUUUGAUGUUCUGCAAGAGGUAGAGCAAAGGAUGCCAGAGCUGUCCGCCUGGCGACAUGACUUACAAUGA